GCAGCCAGACAUACAGCAAGCUACCUGAGAAAAGUGCUGUAGUCCAGAAUAUUCUGAAGAAAACGCUUCAUCAUGGCACGACUGACCAUCCUGGCUGGAUUGGCACUUCUGGUGUGUCUUCAGACUGUCUAUUCCACCAAACUGGUGUGCUACUUUACCAACUGGGCCCAGUACAGACCAGGGGCUGGAAAAUACACCCCUGACAACAUAGAUCCGAACCUCUGCACACACCUCAUCUACGCCUUCUCCAUCAUCAGCUCCUCUAAUGAACUGUCUACGUUUGAGUGGAACGAUGAAGUUCUGUAUAAAUCCUUCAAUGCACUGAAGAACAGAAACCCUCAGCUGAAAACUCUGCUGGCUGUCGGUGGGUGGAACUUUGGAACAACACAAUUCAGCCUCAUGGUCUCAUCUCCGGCCAACCGUCAGGUGUUCAUCCAGUCCUCCAUCAGAUUUCUGAGACAACAUGGCUUUGACGGACUGGAUCUGGACUGGGAAUACCCGGGAUCACGAGGAAGCCCAGCAGAGGACAAGAAAAGGUUCACGUUGCUCUGCCAGGAAUUACUUGCUGCCUUUGAGAAGGAAGCCGCUGAGACCAAUAAGCAGAGAUUGCUGCUCACAGCUGCUGUGGCGGCUGGAAAGGGAACUAUUGAUAGCGGCUAUGAGAUUGCUGCUGUGUCCAAUUAUCUAGACUUUAUAAGUGUCAUGACCUAUGACUUCCAUGGAGCCUGGGAUUCAUUCACUGGCCACAACAGCCCUCUAUACAACAGCUCUCUCAUGCAUGGUCAACAUGUCUACUACAACGUUGACUUUGCCAUGAAAUACUGGAGAGAUCAAGGAGCUCCUCUAGAAAAGCUGCUGGUUGGUUUUCCCGCCUAUGGUCGCACAUUUCGCACAUCAUCAGCAACUGGUGGUGUUGCAGCAUCAGCCAGUGGACCGGGCACUGCUGGGCCCUACACCCGGGAGGCAGGAAUUUUGUCCUACUAUGAGGUUUGCACUUUCCUUGCUGGAGCCACCACUCACUGGAUUGAGGAACAAAAGGUUCCCUAUGCAGUCAAAGGCAAUGAAUGGGUGGGAUUCGACAACAAGCAGAGCUUUGAAAUCAAGGCACAGUAUGUGAAAGAUAACAACUACGGCGGAGCGUUCGUCUGGUCUCUGGAUAUGGAUGACUUUUCUGGACAAUUCUGUGGUCAGGGAAACUAUCCUCUCAUUGGACAUCUCCGCUCUCGUCUGGAUUCAGGGACUACUUUCAACGAUACCUCAGGUCAGCCUGGCGUUCAUACAACCACAGCAUCUCCUGCCAGGAAAACUCCCAAAACAACCAAAACUCCUGUUUCUGGCCGUAAUUUCUGCGUAGACAAGGCUGAUGGUAAUUACGUCAAUGAAAAUGAUCGACAUACCUUCUAUAUGUGUGCUGGUGGAAUCACCUACACGCAGAAUUGUCCUUCUAAUUUGGUUUACAAUGAGACAUGCGACUGUUGCAACUAUAAUAAAUGAUUCAGUCAAGCUUUUGUGAACUUAACUACUGGAUGGACAGCGUCAAUACAAUGUCCUCUCUCGCUCUACAACUGUGUUCUUGCUAAAAAGGUUUAACACCUUUAUUUACAAACCCAUAAGGAGAUUUUUUUCUUAUCUGCCAUGAUGUUGCAAGUUUACUGACGUAAUUUGUAAUGAGUAGAGACAAGCAUAUCUUUUAAUAAAUUUCCCUGUCUUUGCUUCAUCAAA